CGCAUGCGCCGUGUGGCACUCGGCGGUCGAAAGGGGAGUUCGAGGAGACGGGGGCGACGCGGCUGAGGGCUUCUCGUCGGGGUCGGGGCUGCAGCCGUCAUGCCGGGGAUAGUGGAGCUGCCCGCUCUAGAGGAGCUGAAAGUAGAUGAGGUGAAAAUUAGUUCUGCUGUGCUUAAAGCUGCGGCCCAUCACUAUGGAGCUCAAUGUGAUAAGCCCAACAAGGAGUUUAUGCUCUGCUGCUGGGAAGAGAAAGAUCCGAGGCGGUGUUUAGAGGAAGGCAAACUGGUCAACAAGUGUGCUUUGGACUUCUUUAGGCAGAUAAAACGUCACUGUGCAGAGCCUUUUACAGAAUAUUGGACUUGCAUUGAUUAUACUGGCCAGCAGUUAUUUUGUCACUGACGCAAACAGCAGGCAAAGUUUGACGAGUGUGUGCUGGACAAACUGGGCUGGGUGUGGCCUCACCUGGGAGAACUGUCAAAGGUGGGACCAUCCAGUUUCAGGAAAACAAGCUUAACAC